AUGUAUCCUGUAGAACACUGGGAUCCAAUACUAAUUUACUUGCUUGAAUCGAAAUUGGAUCCUAUUACCAGGAAGGAGUGGCAAAAACAAGGUUCGGUCGAUAAAUUUGCUACUAUGGAUGAUUUUUUUAAAUUUUUGGUAAACAAAUGUGCAGUAUGGGAAACCAAUAUCAGAUCUUCAAAUACUGAUGACCAAGGGAAAGGGAAACCUCACCUACCCCCUCCCCGAUCUACAACUAAAACAUUUAGUUGCAUACUUUGUAAGGCAGAUGAACAUUGUUUACAGAAAUGUAAACAAUUUUUGGAUAUGUCGUUGGAGGACAAGAGGGGAGUGGUGUCAAGGUCAAAUGCUUGUUGGAAAUGUCUCAAACUGGGACACAGGGUGCAUGCAUGUACAUCUGGAGGUUGUAGGCGUUGUAAGGGAAAACAUCAUCUUCUGCUGCAUGAUAAUCAGCACACAGGUAAGGAAACUCGGGAUUCCAAGGAAGGCGCAGCGGAAGGAGGUGGCUCAAAGGUAUUUAACGGUCAUAGUAGUGAAGAUAAAGGUCUCGAGAUGCAAGGUGUAAAAAAGGAAAUUACGGAGGUUCUCUUGUCUACUGCAGUUGUAAGGGUUAAGGAUAUAGAAGGUAAAUGGUAUGAGUAUAGGGCGUUGUUAGACUGCGGGUCACAGACUUCAUUCGUGACCAAGGCGUUUCGUGAUAUAUUGAGGCUUCCAAUGAAAAGGAUAAACAGUUCAAUUAUGGGUAUAGGGCCCGAAACCAUGAGCAUUGAUCACUCGGUAGUUGCAAGGAUUUAUUCGAUUCAUUCGCAAUAUAAUGCUGACGUGGGGUUUCUGGUAAUGGAUGAGAUUUCUAACAACAUUCCUUCGGUUAGUAUUGAUUUAAAAUCACUUAAUUUACCUGAAAACAUUAAUUUGGCGGAUCCAUCUCGUGGUGAACCAGGUAAGAUCGAUAUGCUAUUGGGUGCUUCAGUGUUUUGGUUCGUUUUGGGCACAGAGAAGGUUGAAUUAGGUAAAGGUAAGCCUCUACUUUAUGGAACAAAGCUGGGAUUCGUGAUUGCUGGGACUAUGCAUUUAAAACCAGGGCAAAUGCAAGUGCAUAAGCAAUCACAACCAAAAAGGUGUCAUUUCUCAUCUAACUGUUCGGUUCAGGGGCAGUUAGAAAAAUUUUGGGCUCUAGAAGAAAUAGGUUAUGAGAAACGACUAACAAGGGAAGAAGAAGAAUGUGAAAGAUUUUUCGCGGAAACGACGAAACGAAACGAAGAUGGCAGAUUCGUUGUCAAGUUGCCAAUACGUGUCGGGGUACCAGAGUUAGGCAAUUCAGUCAAUCUGGCGAUAAAAAGGUUUUCUUCAUUGGAGAAAAAAUUAGAAAGGGACAAUGAAUUGAAGGAAAUGUAUCACGCAUUCAUAAAAGAAUAUCUUUUAUUGGGCCAUAUGUCUAGAGUAUAUUCGGAUAAGGAAAUUAAUGAACCUGUAGCGUAUUAUCUACCACAUCACGCGGUUAUGAAGAAAACAUCACUGACCACCAAGCUAAGAGUUGUUUUUGAUGCCAGCGCACCAACUAACACUGGAGUGUCUUUAAUUAAUCAGCUAAUGGUCGGUCCAAAGCUGCAAGAUGAUAUUUUUGAUAUACUAGUACGUCUUAGGAAAUAUGCAGUAAUCAUAACAGCUGAUGUGGAGAAAAUGUUUAGGCAGGUUUGGGUUGCGGAGGAGGAUCAGGAUCUGCAAAGAAUUUUAUGGAGAUUCAACGAGGAUGAACCCAUCGGACAUUUUAAGUUAAACACGAUUACUUAUGGGAUGGCAUGUUCAGGAUAUUUGGCAGUAAAAUGUUUGCAACAACUCUCGGAGUGUGAGGAUGAUAAAGUAGGAAGGGCAAUCAUGAAGGACUUUUACAUGGAUGAUCUCUUGACAGGGGCAGAUACAGUUGAAGAAGCCCGAGAGAUUAAGAAAGGGAUCAAUCAGGUGUUAGCUUCGGGUGGUUUUAUCCUGAGAAAAUGGAGUUCUAAUAAACCAGAAACUCUGUUAACCUGCGAUGAGCCAAAUGUGGAGCAUUAUAUAUCAGGAGAUAACACUUCGAAAACACUAGGUAUCAGAUGGAAUCCACACCUAGAUACCUUGCACUACGAUUGUCCUGAAGAUUAUGGUGUUUUAUUGGACAAUAAGGUAACCAAACGCAUAAUUUUGUCAUUGAUAUCCCAGAUAUUCGAUCCUUUGGGACUGUUGGCUCCUGUUAUUAUUAAAGCUAAACUUGUACUUCAACUAUUAUGGAAGGAAAAGGUAGGUUGGGACGAGGAAGUUCCGCAAGGUGUUCUAGUUCCAUGGUUAAAUUUGAGAGAGGAAUUUCAGAAACUAAAGGUGUUUCAAAUAGAACGGCAGGUUAUAUGCACAGGGUCUAGGGAUUUUCAGAUACAUGGUUUCUGCGACGCUUCGCAGAAGGCUUACGGGGCUUGUAUUUUUGUGAGAUCAGUAGACCAGAAGGGAGAUUGUCACGUAAGGUUGUUAUGUUCGAAAUCACGGGUUGCUCCACUUAAAGUAAUAUCUCUUCCCAGAUUAGAAUUAUGUGGUGCCCUUUUGUUGGCUAAGUUGGUUAAGGCAGUUUUACAAGCGAUCGAUAUAAAUCCGUCUCAAAUAAGGUAUUGGUCGGAUUCGUCCAUUGUGCUGUCUUGGUUGUCAAGGGAACCUUCGACUUGGACAACAUUCGUGGCAAAUAGGGUCGCGGAGAUUCAAACCCUCAGCGGAGGCAACCAAUGGGGUCAUGUACCAUCAGAGCAAAAUCCGGCGGAUUUGGUCUCCAGGGGUACUGACUGUGACAGCUUAAGUGAAAAUUUAUUAUGGUGGGAAGGCCCAUUCUGGUUAUCUCGCGAAGAGAAUUACUUUCCUCAAACUCAUAUUCCUAGUGUUGAUGUCAUUCCUGAGCAGAAGAUCAUAAAACAUUCAUAUAUCGUGACGGAUCUUAAUAAGGUGCUUAGAAGGUUCUCGAAUUUCAAUAAAUUACUUCGAACAUUCUCUUAUUGUUUAAGAUUUAUGCAAAAUUGCAGGGCUUCUAAAAGAGGGGAACCACCUAGAAGAGGUCCAUUAACGGUACAGGAGCUUGAUAAAGCAUGGACAGUGGUAAUCGCAUUAGUUCAACGUGAAGUUUUUGGUGCUGAAAUUAAGGCCAUAGAAGGGGGAUGCGGGCUGGAUAGACGAAGUAGAAUUUUGUCUCUUAAUCCGUUUUUGGACAAGGAUGGGCUAUUAAGGGUAGGAGGUCGGCUAGCCAAGGCUAAUCUUAGUUAUAAUCAGCGGUUUCCGGUAAUACUUCCAAAUAAACACGACGUCACGCGGUUAAUCAUUCUAUGUGAGCACUACAAGCAUUUACAUGCAGGUCCGCAGGCGCUUUUAGCAGUAAUGCGUCUCAAAUACUGGCCCAUAUUAGGUCGUCAAACAAUAAGAAGUGUUUUAUCGCGUUGUAUUGUAUGUUUUAGGGCAAAACCAAAGGAUUUUAGGCAAUACAUGGGGGAGUUACCAAGCAGUCGUAUUGUUCCAAGUCGGCCAUUCGAAAAUUGUGGGGUUGAUUACGCAGGGCCAUUUUUUGUUAAAUCAGGCACAGUUAGAAAACCUGUUAUUACCAAGGCGUAUUUAUGCGUCUUUAUAUGCUUCGCGACUAAGGCGGUCCACCUAGAAUUGGUCGUUGAUCUAACGACCCAAGCUUUUCUUAACUGCUUUAAGAGGUUCAUCGCACGUAGGGGACUUUCUAGGAAUGUGUACUCCGACAAUGCGACAAAUUUUAUAGGGGCUAAUAAUGAAUUUACGGAACUUAGUCGAUUUUUACAGGAUAAGGGUAACCAGGAGGUUUUCUCACAGUACUUUACAAAUUCAUUUAUAAAAUGGCAUUUCAUUCCACCACGUUCGCCGCACUUUGGGGGUUUGUGGGAGUCUGCGGUGAAAUCCGCAAAGUAUCAUCUAAGGAGGGUUUUGAAUGAUCAGAAGUUGACGUUUGAAGAGUUGUAUACAGUGAUAACCCAAGUGGAGGCAUGUCUGAAUUCCCGGCCAAUUACUCCUGUAAGUGAAUCUGCGGAUGAUUUGGAAAUUUUAACGCCAGGUCAUUUUUUAAUGGGUAGCUCACCCUCUGCUCUACCUCAAGAAGAUAUAAAAGGUCAUAAUCUAAAUCGCUUACAAAGGUAUCAGUUAUUGACUCAGUUUAUCCAAAGUUUUUGGAAACGAUGGCAAACGGAGUAUUUGAGUAACUUGCAACAGCGAUCUAAGUGGCGCAUAAGAGCGGACUCUAUAAAGAUUAAUGACAUGGUGUUGGUGAAAGAAGAUAACACUCCGCCCAUGAAAUGGCAGUUAGGACGAGUAGUGGAGUUACACACGGGUAGUGACGGGAUAUGUCGUGUUGUGUCGCUUAAAACCGCGAGUGGUUUAAUAAAGAGGCCUACUUCUCGUGUAUGUGUUCUACCAUUUGAAGGCAGUAAUUAA